CCGCCGAAGGGAUCCAAAAGUAGGUAAAGAUUGGAAUCAUGAGAAAGGAAAAAAAAAAAAGAGUUUGUCAGUAAGAAAGAAGUGGUGGUCUGAUGGCCGAUGGCCGACGGCCUGCAUCACCGCAUAAUUCCUUCCUCCAAUUUAAAAGUCGGAGUUAUCUCCUCUCUUUUUCUCUUCUUUUUCCCUCAAAUCAUACCUCCUCUUCUCUCAGCCCUCUCCCCUCUUACCUAUAUCUUCUUGUAUUUUUAAGUGGAUUCUUGUACCUUUCUCAACAUGGCUACCACGAAUGAUUUCCCGGCCGGUGAUGUCAACAGCUACGACUAUAUCAUCGUUGGAGGUGGCACGGCAGGCUGUGUCAUUGCCAGCCGUCUGGCGCAGUACUUGCCCAACAAGCGUAUCCUUGUCAUCGAAGGUGGUCCCAGCGACUUCAACGAUGACAGGGUUCUCAAUUUGAGAGAGUGGCUCAAUCUGCUGGGAGGCGAGUUGGACUACGACUAUCCUACUACCGAGCAGCCCAUGGGCAACAGCCAUAUCCGUCAUUCGCGCGCUAAAGUCCUUGGUGGUUGCUCUAGCCACAAUACCCUUAUCUCUUUCCGUCCGUUUGAAUAUGACUGCCAGAGGUGGGAACAGCAAGGUUGCAAGGGCUGGUCCUUUGAGACCUUCACCCGCAUUGUGGACAACCUGCGCAAUACCUUUCAACCUGUCCACGCUCGUCACCGCAACCAGCUCUGCAAGGAUUGGGUUGAGGCUUGCUCCUCUGCUAUGAACAUCCCCAUCAUUCCUGACUUCAACAAGGAGAUCCGCGAGAAUGGCAAGCUUACUGAGGGUGUUGGAUUCUUCAACGUUUCUUAUAACCCGGACGACGGCCGCCGUAGCAGUGCCAGUGUCGCUUAUAUCCACCCCAUCUUGCGGGGUGAGGAGAAGCGCCCCAACCUGACUAUUCUAACCAACGCCUGGGUAUCUCGCGUGAAUGUUGAAGGAGACACCGUUACCGGUGUCAAUUUGACCUUGCAGUCGGGCGCCAAGCACACCCUGCGGGCCAAGAAGGAGACCAUCCUGUGUGCCGGUGCUGUAGACACUCCUCGCCUAAUGCUGCUCUCUGGGUUGGGUCCUCAGAACCAGCUAAACUCCUUGGGAAUUCAAGUGGUUAAGGACAUCCCUGGUGUCGGUGAAAACCUCCUGGACCACCCGGAGAGUAUCAUUAUGUGGGAGCUCAACCGCCCCGUUCCCCCCAACCAGACCACCAUGGACUCUGAUGCUGGCAUCUUCUUGCGUCGCGAGCUUCCUAAUGCCGCUGGUUCUGAUGGCCGUAGCGCCGAUCUUAUGAUGCACUGCUACCAGAUCCCAUUCGAUCUCAACACCAGUCGCCUCGGAUACGACGCUCCUGUUAAUGCAUUCUGCAUGACUCCCAACAUUCCUCGCCCCCGCUCUCGUGGCCGUAUCUACCUGACCUCGGCUGACCCCAACGUGAAACCAGCUUUGGAUUUCCGUUACUUCACUGAUCCCGAGGGUUAUGAUGCUGCCACCAUAGUUGCCGGUCUCAAGGCAGCUCGUGAGAUUGCCCAGCAGGCUCCUUUCAAGGAUUGGAUCAAGCGUGAAGUUGCCCCCGGUCCCAAGGUCCAGACCGACGAGGAGUUGUCCGAAUAUGGUCGUCGUGUGGCCCACACUGUCUACCACCCUGCUGGAACCACAAAGAUGGGUGAUGUUUAUCGUGAUCCUCUGGCAGUCGUUGAUCCUCAGCUGAAGGUCCGUGGCCUGAAGAAUGUCCGUAUUGCUGACGCCGGUGUCUUCCCUGAGAUGCCCAGCAUCAACCCAAUGUUGACAGUACUGGCCGUCGGAGAGCGUGCUGCUGAGUUGAUUGCUGAAGAGGCUGGAUGGAAGCGUGAGCAACCCCGCCUGUAAACUUGUCUUUGGUCCCUUACUUGGGAUACCUCGCUGUUUUGCGAAGGCAACUACCUAGGGGGUAUAUACGAGCGACAUUGGAAGUACUCGGAUGUCGUACGAUUCAUGACUUAUGUCCACAACAUCGAAUUGAAAAAAUGAAAAAUGCAAAAAAGACGAGGCGGGAGUUCUUCAUCGCUACAUGUUGCACUAUUGGCAGUGGCUAAAUGGAUAGGGCUAUUGUAUUACCUUUCCCAUAUCUUGUAUUCCUGUACUUAUUCCUAUGAUUUUGAGCGAUUACAGUUUUAGCGCCCGUACGUAGCGCCAUCGGGCUCUAUAGAAAUUAUUCCAAGAUUUCAAACCAGG